AUGUCCGUCUCGGCGCUCGACUCACGCCUGUUCCAGAACCUCUUUGGCACCCAAGAGAUUCGCAGUGUCUUCGACGAUGAAGCCUACACUCAGCAGAUGGUCGACGUUGAGCUUGCCCUCGCCCGCUCGCAGUCCAAGAUUAGCAUCAUCCCGGAAAACGCCGGAGAGAUCCUUACCAAGAAACUCACAGAGGAAGGAUUUCGUCUAGACUUCGACCGCCUCUCGCGCGAGACGGAGAUUGUGGGAUACCCUGUCCUUCCUCUGGUGCGGCAGCUCGUUGAACAUGCGUCUGGUGAGAUGGGCAAGUAUAUCCAUUGGGGGGCCACUACCCAAGACAUUAUGCGCAAGGGGCUGGAAAUCGUCAAACGCCAUUUACAGGAACUAGAAAACAUACUGCGGACUCUGUCAAAGAAGUACCGCGACACACCGAUGGCGGGCCGGACACAUCUUCAGCACGCUCUACCCUGCACAUUCGGCUACAAAUGCGCCGUCUACCUAUCCAGCAUCAUCCGUCAUUCUGAGCGUCUCCGGGAAAUCGAGAACCGGUGCCUUCUCGUCCAAUUCGGUGGCGCGGCUGGGACGCUUGCUUCCCUGGGGUCCGAUGACACUGGUCUCCGUGUGAGGGAACAGCUCGCGAAGGAGCUCGGUCUAGGCAACCCAAGUAUUACGUGGCACGUGGCACGCGACAACGUGGCCGAAAUCAUCAACUUCCUCGCCCUGGUAGGAGGUUCGCUUGGCAAGAUCGCGUACGACCUGAUCCUUAUGUCGUCCAACGAACUGAGCGAAGUGGCGGAACCGUUUGUGCCUCACCGCGGCGCGUCGUCGACGAUGCCGCAGAAACGGAACCCUAUCUCGAGCGAAGUCAUUCUUGCAGCCUCCAAGCUUCUCCGCGCCAACGCGGGUUUGGCGCUGGACGCCAUGGUGACGGAUUUUGAGCGAGCGUCGGGUCCUUGGCAUCUGGAGUGGGUUGCCGUGCCUGAAGCAUUCGUCCUGGCCGUUGGCGCCUUGCACCAGACCAACUUCGCUCUGGGCGGCCUUGUAGUCAACACGGACGCCAUGAUGAAGAACCUGGUAUCCACGAGGGGUCUGAUCGUCGGAGAGGCCGUAAUGAUGGGCCUCGCCCCGUUCCUGGGCCGGCAACAGGCUCACGAUCUGGUCUACGAAGCCUGUAAAGAGUCGAUUGAAAAGGACAAGGCCCUGUUCGACGUGCUGAAAGACCGUGCCAGCAUCGCGGUCUACGUGUCGGAAGAACAGUUGAAGGCGCUCUGUGACCCGACAAACUAUAUGGGAGCCAGUCAGCUCAUGGUGGACCACAUUCUCAAAGUCUGA